AUGCCGACUUCUGGGUCACCCCCAUUCACGGGGACGAACCCGUUCCCUAACGACUCGGUAAUGCCUCCUUUCCCAGUUACGAACGAAUAUGAUCUCUAUGAUGGCGACGAUGUCAACCAUGCUACAAAUACUUCACUUUUUAAUUUCGCGGGCGGCGGGUUACUCGACGGGUCGAUGUAUGGGGAAUCUAAGCCAUUUCCACCGGGUAUUAGCCCACCGACAGAUCCCAAUUUGAACAGAACAGCACCAGGAUAUGCUUCGCUUCCAUCCCACCGUGGCUCCUCAUCCUCAGAUUCAUCCCGAAUGAGCGGCAAUUCUACUGGAAAGACUAGUGUAUCUUCAGCGGAUGCGAUGAUGACGGAUGAGGCAUUUCCAACUUGGACUGUCGAUAAUGAACAUAAACAACACGAUACGAAUUUCAUGUUUGAAACUCUGGACCCAUCAAACAUAGACAUGUCUACUGUUUUCGAUUUCGAUAGUGCUUCGAGCAGUCCUAGCCCCCCCACAAACGGCGUCACACGAGAAUCGUCUGUACCAAUAAAUCCUGGAUCGCAGGGCCAUGUUGCAAAGAGGAUAAAGGGCCACCAUAAGGCACAAUCGCAACAUUCUUUAACAAGCUCCAUGAACGGCCUCAAGACGAGCGGCUCGAGAGAAACCUCACCGAUGUCGAAUAUAGUCGUAAGCCAAGAAGCUUCCCCGGCAGUGGUGUUCAAAAACUCACCUUCCCCGGAGAACAUUGCCAACCAUCUUAAUGGCGGUAUACCAAAAAUGAACAUGGCGCAGGCAUGGCCAGCAAUGGGGGGUCUGCCAGUCAACGGACCAGUCACAAAAAUUAGACAAGAUUCGAUAAACAUACCGCACGGCUUCCAGUCUUUCUCGCCGCGAGUGAGCUUGGCUCAAGGUGCCCCACCGAGGCUAGUGGUUCAUCCCACGCCGCUCAAAUCUCGAGUUGAGACACAAAUUCCUAUCAAAUUAACCCUGCACAACCUACCACCCGGCGUUAAGAAGAUUCACUUACCGACACACACAAUAUCAAAACCUAAAUUACUUGCGAAACCUCCAGCGAUGCGGUCACCUGAUACUCUGGAGCUUUCCACUAUGCUAGUCUGCAGUAGUGCUAUGGAGGAUCGGACGAAGCGUAUACGUGCAUUUCAGCGAGCCGCUACAGCUCAAUAUGACUUUCUAAAUCCGAACCGACAGGAGGAUGCCGGUACGGAUGAAGAGCAAAUGGUGCAGGAAGGAGGCGAAGUCCGGAUAUGUAACGGUUGUAUAACUCGUGAACGCAAACGUGCCGGCCGCAAGAAGCAUAAAAAGCCAGAAGAGGAGGAAUUAUGGAAUCGAUACGAGCACCAGCGGGUCAUCGUUUUUAACACCCAAGAAGUGAAGGACUGGCAGUCAGUCACUCCUCAUAUGCUUGAUCCUACUGGAGCUGGGUUACGUGAUCCCGUGGUCCCUGAUGGUACUGUGCAAGUAGAUGCGCCAAUGCGUAUUGCUUGCUACUGUCGUCACCACGGCGAGAAAAUGGGAUUCCGCGUUAUCUUCACCAUAAAAGACUACCAAGGCAAUCUUGUUGCUCAACAAAUUUCAUCAUCAAUAAUGAUUACAGAUGAUCACAAAACACACAUUCCCACCACCUCGACGGCCCAAACUUCUGUUCCAGCCUUGGGAGCUUCGCCGAUGCAGAGCAUCAACGAUGUCAAAUCGGCCGAAGCUCCGAUGAUGUUUCACUCACAGUCAUCUUCUGACCUCCAGAGCAUGGCUCAAAAUGGGCCUCUGGCGUUUCCCCCCCAGAACCCCCAACCUGUAACAAACAUCUCAGCACCCCGUAAUUUAUCCAGGCAGGGCUCCCCUAUGAGCCCGUCUGGUCCUAUGUCAAAGAAAAGGAAAGCAAGUGGAUCUAUGAAACUACCCAGCGGUCUUGAGAUGACAAGACUCGAGACACACCAAUCACCGCCAUCGAUUCCGGGAGCGCAGAACGAAUCCGCCGCUACUUCAGCCGCCACUUCGCCGUUCUCACCAAACAUGGCAGCUUUUCCAACAGCUACGGAUCCCAUAUUUCAUGGACAACCAAACCUCAACGGUAUGGGGCAACAAUUUCCAACAGGUCCACCUACCCCAAACAGUGGUGGUGCUGAAUUUAUGUUCCCAUCAGGAACCAGGAACUUGAGCCUCGACAGCAUGUCAGUGCCUCCGAUGUUCUCAGCACCAACGUCGACUCACCCUAGCCGAGCUCCUAGCCCGAAUCGCAUGGGAAAUGACAUUCGAAGCAUGCCGCAACCUCCAGUAGGCCAAAACAUGUACAAUGCACCUACAGCUAUGAAUGUGGGUAGAUCACAGCCGAUGAUCUACAAGAUCAUUCCUGGAGAAGGGCCAAAAUCAGGCGGUGUCGAAGUAACAAUUCUUGGUAGCGGUUUCACAAACGGCGGCCUUGAAGUGAUGUUUGGUGAGCAAAGGGCAGCUACGACGACAUACUGGGGUGAGACAUCGUUGGUCUGCCUACUCCCGCCGUCUCCAAGCGCGGGUGUAGUCCCAGUGUCGAUCAGACAGCCCGGUGUGGUCCCCCAGCAUCACCUAUUCACCGGCAACCAGCAACCGUUAUUUAGAUAUGUCGAUGACGACGAACAUCGUCUGAUACGUACAGCUCUCACCGUUCUGGGAAAUAAGCUUGGUGGCAAAAUGACAGAUGUCGCGGACAUUGCUAGAAACAUCAUCUACGGGCCUGGCAACAAUAGUGGCUCUUGGGGUCCAUCAACUUCUGGAGGCCAGACGCCCAAUGCUAACUUUAGCAGCCUCGAGCAGGAUCUUUCGGAGUCCGUAGAGAUGGGUCUCCUUCGUAUUUUGGAGCUGAUCGAUCUUGAUGAUAGCAUCAAUGAAGCUAAGAUCAAUCUCAAGAGGGCGAGCGGCCAGACUAUGCUUCACUUAGCCUGUGCUCUCGGUUUCGCACGCUUUGUUGCUGGUCUCCUGUCCCGUGGUGCUAACGUGGGCGUGCGUGACAGGGGUGGUUUCACGCCGCUGCAUCUGGCGGCGAUGAAUAACCACCCAGAGAUCGUCCGACGUCUCAUUAUGAAAGGGGCCGACCCGACUAUGCGCAGUCUCUCGGGUCUUACUUCCGCCGAUGUUGCUCAAUCUAGCGACGUUCUUCGAGUCCUCCGGAAGAUCGAGAACCAUUCCAGAUCUCGAAGUAACGGGUCUCUCCACAGCAGGGCUAACAGUGCUAGCUCCCUCAAAUCUCUUUGGGAUACGCCCUUAAUGACCCCGGGACGCCGCGAGAAGUUCACGUCUGGCCGUUCGAGAUCCGGUUCAAGCUCAGCAGCGGAGAGCAGCGACAGUGACGGUGAUUGGUCUGGAAGGAGGAGCAAUGACGAUGAUAGGAGUAAUUGGUUGCAUAUGAGACAACCAUUCCCGCCUACUCAUUAUCCUAAGAAUAUCCCGCCUCGUCACUUAGAGGAUGAAGAUGCUACACCUACAUCGCCGAUGUCAGCUAUUCGAGACCACUUUGCGGCGCACCUCCAGCAAUGGCAGAAUUCCAUGGCAAUGCAUUUCCAAAAUCUACCACCGCUUCAGAUGCCUCACAUGCAAAUGCCAGCCCUGCCGCCGAUCCCCGUACUUCCGGAUUACCAAGCCUACUUAUACGCAACUCCUGUUGUGCAGCGUAUUAGUUCUCUCGUGCCGAACAUCCGAAGUCCACGUCCUGGAUCAGAGGACGGACAGUCUCCGCAGGAUGGCAGUAGUAAACGAUGGGAAUUCCCCUUCUUCGGUGCUAAGGACUCGCCUCCCCCAGCCUACGACAGCAUCUUCCCAGAGAAGAGCUUGGAUAAGAGCUUCGAAGUAAAACAAACCUCAGCAGCCACCGCAGCAGUUGAGUUCGAAGCGGAUAAAAAAUGUGCUACUCUUUUUGACCAACCCACGACGGAAACUCCUACAUCCGCGGAAGCAUCUACAUCGCAAUCGCAAGAAGUGCCCGCGCUUCUUGAAAUUGGGCGCAAGCACAACAUCACCAAGGAGCAACAAGAACACCUACAGCGAGCCCAUGCUCAGAGGCUCAAGACCGGCAGCAGUGACAAGAUGCUGUGGUUUGUCUGGAUUCCAAUUCUAAUGUUCAUCCUUGGCGCUAUGUUGGUUAGUGUUGCUCCUUCGCUGACGACUUGUGCCUCUGUAUCAAUCGAAACCUACAAUACAUUCUCUGACAAUGUGCGAGGGGUUGCCCAGAGGUUUCUCCCCAAUAUUGUGGGAACUAUUUAA